CAUCAGAAAGGCUGUGGCUACCACCUGGAUCUUCUGGUGGUGUCUGUGAUGCUGGGGGUGUGCUCCAUCAUGGGCCUGCCCUGGUUUGUAGCGGCCACCGUGCUCUCCAUCUCCCACGUCAACAGUCUGAAGCUGGAGUCAGAGUGCUCGGCCCCCGGGGAACAGCCCAAGUUCCUGGGGAUCAGAGAGCAGAGGGUCACCAGCUUCAUGAUCUUCAUCCUCAUGGGCUGCUCUGUCUUCAUGACCUCUGUGCUCAAGUUCAUCCCUAUGCCAGUCCUCUACGGUGUGUUUCUCUAUAUGGGUGUGUCCUCACUCAAAGGCAUCCAGUUCUUUGACCGUAUCAAGCUGUUCUGCAUGCCAGCUAAGCACCAGCCGGACCUGAUCUACCUGCGCUACGUUCCCCUGUGGAAGGUCCAUGUGUUUACCCUGGUGCAGCUCACCUGCCUGGUGCUGCUGUGGGUCAUCAAGGCGUCUGCCGCCGCCGUAGUCUUCCCCAUGAUGGUGUUGGCCCUGGUGUUUAUACGGAAGCUGCUGGAUCUAUGUUUCACCAACAGGGAGCUGAGCUGGUUGGACGACCUGAUGCCUGAGAGCAAGAAGAAGAAGGAAGACGACAAGAAGAAGAAAGCCAAGGCGGAGGCCCAGCGCAUGCUGGAAGUGGAAGAGGGCAUAGCACACCCCUGCGACGGGCCGGGCAUCCUCAAGACCCUCAAAGUCAGUUUGGACCCCUCUAUGGUAAACAUUUCUGAUGAAAUGGCCAAAACUGCCAAUUGGAAGUCUGUCUCCAUGAACUCUGACAGUGCCAAAGCUCUGAAGCAUAGUGGCAGCCAGGUGAAGGUGUCCUGUGUGAAGAUAAACUUGGAGAAUGACCAGGGGGAGAAGUAUGGGGAUGCUGAGACCUCCUUAUGAAGGAGGGACGGGAGGAGCAGGAAGGGUGCCACUUCAGCCUCUAGCCCACCAGGUGGCGUUGUCCUCCCACACAGCAGGGGGCAGUGUCCUUCAUGGCCCGGUCUGUUGCCCUAACAGCUGCUACCAUACCAAUGCCAAGGGGGCACACAAAGACACAACCACUUCUACUUAGCCAUGUUUCUUUAGUUCUUAUUGUGAAAUUAGUCCGAGGGAAAUUUCUCUUUUUAAUUUUAUCAUCGUUUUAAGGUGAAAAAACAUUAACUUUAGAUUCAGGUGUGCCUUUUUUAAGGAACCACUUGGUCUUCUUGGAAUGACUUUCAUUGGGCUUUUUACCAACAUAUCCAUAGUCUCUGUGAUAUGGUGUACAGUCUGUCCUCGUAACACUUACUUUGAGGGCAAUGCAUUAUGAAUGCAUGUAGUGGCCUCUAUCGCCCUUAGUGCAUUAUAUUAGAAGAGUUGAUGUAAGCAUUUCAAACUUGUCAAGACUGUCCCCAGGUGGUUUAUAGGAAGCAGUAGGCCUAACAGCAGUCCAAGCACCCCGGGUGGUUUAUAGGAAGCAGUAGGCCUAACAGCAGUCCAAGCACCCCGGGUGGUUUAUAGGAAGCAGUAGGCCUAACAGCAGUCCAAGCACCCCGGGUGGUUUAUAGGAAGCAGUAGGCCUAACAGCAGUCCAAGCACCCCGGGUGGUUUAUAGGAAGCAGUAGGCCUAACAGCAGUCCAAGCACCCCGGGUGGUUUAUAGGAAGCAGUAGGCCUAACAGCAGUCCAAGCACCCGGGUGGUUUAUAGGAAGCAGUAGGCCUAACAGCAGUCCAAGCACCCCGGGUGGUUUAUAGGAAGCAGUAGGCCUAACAGCAGUCCAAGCACCCCGGGUGGUUUAUAGGAAGCAGUAGGCCUAACAGCAGUCCAAGCACCCCGGGUGGUUUAUAGGAAGCAGUAGGCCUAACAGCUGUCCAAGCACCCCGGGUGGUUUAUAGGAAGCAGUAGGCCUAACAGCAGUCCAAGCACCCCGGGUGGUUUAUAGGAAGCAGUAGGCCUAACAGCAGUCCAAGCACCCCGGUGGUUUGACCACAACGACGGCUACGACUCACAGCACUCUAUCUGGCUCCGUCUGAACAAUAGACACUUUCUGUUUGAGAAAGCAGGUGAUGCUCAACAAAAGGUCCAAAUACAUUUGGAGCACAUAUUAGAUGUAAUAGUGUGUGUGUGUGUGCACAUGGGUGUGUGUGUACAAGUGUAAGAAACUUAAGAGCAGCUUAAGAUGUCUUUUCACAAUAUCAGUCAUGUGUACGAUGUGCUGUUGAUUCAGAUUAUCAGUCACAGUAGGUUGAAAGGCUGAGUAUGUUCUGUCAAAGUGAACAUGACAGACCACAGCAUAGCCCAUAGUUUGCAGAAUAUUUCUUGAAUUAAUUGGCAAACAUCUCUUACUAAUCUUAAACAAUCCCAAAUUGGAAACGGUCUAUAAUAAGAUAAUGUUUCAAAAACAAAAGGUUCUCACA